GAGGGGGUGUAGGAGAGCCUUCUCCCACCCCAAUUGAGGGAGAGGUGCCCCAUAAGCAGCCUCCACCCCAUCGAUCCCACCCCCUCUGGCACCCAUGAUUUUGGGGUGUCUCUCACAGGAUACCACAGCCCCAUCCCAGCACAGCCACAGCCACCCCAAAACAGGAAGGUGCUGUCCUCCUGUUGUGCGGGCACCCCAAGAAAAGCGCAGUGCAGACCCCAGAGCUGCCACCCUCCAGCUUUAGCCACGCCGGUGGGCGGCAGUGGGGCAGCAAUGGGGCCGCUGGCGGCUGGGCUGCCCCAGCACAAAGAGGAAUGUGCCGAGCACAUGGUUCACAUUAGCCCUGCAGAUUGAUUUUUUUUUUUCCCCUUUAUUUUCCGCGGGGAGCAGGUGAAGGUUUGCGUGCAGGGCGAGGGCUGGCAGCGCCGGGACCCGUUUAGGUUCCGCCGGCGGGGAGGGAGGGAGCGCAGCCACUCCGGAUUCUCCUUUUUCCUCCCUUUUCUUUGAGUCAGAGGCUGAAGUCAGCAGUGUGCCCGUCCCACAGCGAUUUCCCCACUGCACAGGAUGUGGGGAUGCCCGUGAGCAGGAUUUAGGGAAGCAGAGCUGCCCCGCGCUGAAUGUGGAGUGCUGCAUGAGACCAGGCAACUCAUCACACAGCCCACGUCCAGCCCCUCUGCCGUUUCUGCGAUGCUGCCCAGGAAGGCAGAGAAAAGGAUGACUUCAUCUGUCUUCAUCACCCUGGCGUCCCCACGGAGGGAGGCAGCCCCCAGCGAGCAGCCCCACACAGGGCUGUCACCGGCUGUCCCUGAGGGCAGCCCUCGCCCCCCGACGACCCCAGCGCUGCCCAAUGGAGUGCCUUCAUCCCCACUGGCUCUCAUCCUCUCCGAAGAGCCCCAGCCCCUCUCCACGGAGGCACUGGCUCCAGCUCUGCAGCAGCUGGACCUUGCGGCACCCACCACGGCGCAGGCUCCUUUUGCCUUCCCUGCUGAACUGAGGCCUCUCCAAGUUUGCCAGGGACAAGCAGACAAGCUGCAGUGGCAGGAUGCAAAUGGGCACGGGGAGAGGAACGGCUCCCGAGACAUCUGCGCCUUCUGCCACAAAGCCGUGGGCCCACAGGAGCCGACGGUGGAGGCGAUGCGGAAGCAGUACCACGCUGACUGCUUCACCUGCCGGACCUGCCAGCGACGCCUGGCCGGCCAGCGCUACUAUCAGAGGGAUGGCCGCCCCAUCUGUGAUGCCUGCUACCAGGCCACGCUGGAGAAAUGUGCCAAGUGCCAGGGGCUGAUCACUGAGCGCAUCGUGCGUGCCCUGGGCAAAGGCUUCCACCCCGGCUGCUUUGCCUGUGCUGCCUGCGGCCGGGCCAUCGGUGCUGAGAGCUUUGCGGUGGACGAGCAGGGCAAGGUGUACUGCGUGGCUGACUUCUACAGGAAAUUCGCCCCGGUGUGCGGUGCCUGCAAGCGCCCCAUCAUCCCUGAUGAGGACACCUACAAGAUCGAGUGCCUGGGACGGAGCUUCCACGAGAGCUGCUACCGCUGCGAGAGCUGUGGGACACCGCUGUCGCCGGAGCCGACGGAGGACGGGUGUUACCCGCUGGGCCACCACCUGCUCUGCAGAGCCUGCCACAUCUGCCGGCGGAACGAGUCGUCCUGCUGAACUGCAGGCUGUGAGAAGGGCCGGGCCACUGGGAUGGACCCACUGAGAGCAGCAGUGUGAUCACCACAGUGUGCCAGGACCCCAGCCAUGCAGCUCGGCCUCUGCCAGCUGCUCAUCACAAGCAGAAAAAGCCCUGGAAGAGCAGUGGUGGUGGAUGAGCUGAGGGUUUGUUCACUUUUUUUUUUUUUUUAAAAUCCUCUUUUGAAGUUGGUUUGAUUUCUUCAGUGUUUUUCUUUCCUCUCAAGCUUUCUUGGGGCUUUGUUUAAACACUUCUCUCUGUGGUGAUGCAGAGAGCAGCACUGA